AUGGAUGACAAAACUGAACAUAACGGAGAAGAAAAAGUCGGAAAGGAAGAAUGGCAUAUGGUGAUGAUGACCAAGGAUGUAGAACCAGGUGACCCGAAGGAGGAGAAGACUGAAGCGGAACUUGAAUUAAAGACCGAGUCAGUGGUCAAAGAAAAGUCGAAACAUGAAAAGGAUGAGAAGAAACAUAACGAUGCAGAUGAGGAGAAAUCGAAGAAGGAGGAUAAAGACAUGGAGGACAAGGAAAAGAAGAAAGAGGACAAUGAAGCGGGAGAGAGCGACAAGGAUAAAAGAAGGACAAGGAAGAGAAGAAGAAAAAGAACAAGGACAAGAACAAAGAUAAAGACGAUGAUAUAG